GGCCAACUAAAAAAACAAUCAGUUUCUUUAAAACCUGCAAACUAGAAAGUGACUUGUAAUUAGGAAGUGAAAUAAUUUACAAUAAAAACAUGUUCAAAUUUAUUACUUUUUGUUUAAUUAUAAAUGCGUUAUUAGAGCCUUCUGUUCUUAGUCAAAAUAUUAAUGUUGCAACUGAUGUAACAACCGUAAUCGAUGCGGAAAUUCAAGAAGCUUUUAAAUUUUCAAAUGUUGUUAGUUCAUCUAUAGAAGAAUAUAUACGUGAAGCUUUACCGUCCGAGGCUAAAUUAGAAGGCGAGAAAAUUUUACAAGAUGUCAAAGAGGGUCUCGUCAAUUGUGAGUCAUUCGUACAAACACCUCUCGAUAUAUGGCAAUAUAAAGUGUGUAGCUCAUCGCUGUUGCGUGAUGGUAUGGCCGCUUUAGGUGCAUUGCAGGCCAAAUAUAGACCAUUUACAUCUGGUGCAUCAAGAAUGGGAUUAUUUUGGUAGUUAAGAUAUGUCAUAAUAAAUACUGUCUAAAACGUGAUGAAAUAGUGUCUAUUAAAAAUUCGUUCUUUUUAAGUUAAAAAAUUUGUAUAAA